CAAUCCUUCCACACAUCAUAAAUGAGGAAAUAUAGGACAGUUCGGCCAUCGGGUCCAAAAUAUUCCACCAAGUGUCUAAUGCUGCUAAAUCUAUGGAAUAUCAUGGUUCUGGUCAUCGUUGGCAAACCGGUCGGCGUGGAGCGACGAAACGACGCCAAAUUCUGGGACUACGACGAUGAAGUGCAAAACUAUUUGAUGCGUUUUGGAUACUUGGAAAAAUCUAACAUCGAAACGGGCAACCUGCGAACAAUUGAUGAGCUGCAGGUUGCGGUACGAUCGCUUCAGUCAUACGGUGGUCUCGAACCGACGGGAACAGUCGACGAAGCGACACUUGAGCUGAUGAGAAAGCCACGCUGUGGUGCACCGGACGUGUCCGAUUCGUUAGAUUUUCAGCCAUCGAACCACUUGCGACUGCCGCCGAAGCGAGUCCGCAGAUACAUCAUCCAGGGGCAGAAGUGGCAGAAUCCCAUCGUAACUUGGAGUUUGGUGAAUCAAACGAUGGUUGAUCUGGAUGCGGGACAGGUCCGAAGAAUACUGCACGAGGCGCUAGAUCUCUGGUCCCAGCACGGCAACAUCAACUUCCGCGAGGUGUACAGUACCGAUGCCGACAUACAGGUACUGUUUGCCCGCAAAUACCACGGCGACGGCUACAACUUCGAUGGACGGGGAAAGAUUCUUGCCCACGCGUUCUACCCCGGCACGGGCAUUGGAGGUGAUGCACAUUUCGAUGCCGACGAGAACUGGCUACUGAAUGAACCGCUUGAUGCAGAAGGCACGCGUCUAUUCGAUGUGGCGGUACACGAAUUUGGCCAUUCGCUCGGGCUAGGACACUCCUCCCAACAAGAUGCAAUCAUGUUUCCUUGGCAUCACAUUUCGUACCGUGGUAAGGACACAAUCCCGGAAGACGAUCGACUCGGCAUCCAAUCAAUCUACGGUCCGCGAAAGAAGAUUUACGGUAAAAAUCCGGAACGACACACACCGUCCACGACUACCACGACAACCACUACUACACCGGCACCACCACCACGACCAACCACGCGUUCAUACUAUCCUGUGAAGAACACAACGGGACACCCGUGGCAGGGUCUGUAUCCACAUGGUCGGCCUUAUACGAUUCGCCCGACAACGACCAUAACAACCACCAGACGAAGUCACCAUCGUGAGGAGGAGGAGGAGGAGGAUCGUUACCCAACGCGUCAUCAUCCGACAACGACUACCACGGCACGUCAUCGGCCACACCAUCCACAUCAUCAUCGAACGACGAUCACCUCUACAACCACCACCAGCACAACAACACGCCGACCUUACUACCAUCGACCGGUACAGAUCCAUCCGAAUCCCUGCAAUACGAGCUUCGAUGCGAUCACCAUGAUCCGCAACGAGCUGUUCAUCUUCAAGGAUCGCUGGCUGUGGCGAAUGAACGAGAACGAUCUGCAUCGUCCCAGCCCGUUCGAAAUCCAUCGUAUGUUCUUCGGUCUGCCGUCAGACUUUGAGCGUAUCGAUACGGUGUACGAGAACAAGCAUCAGAAGAUUAUCUUCUUUAUCGGCAAGCAAUACUAUCUGUUCAACUCACAAUACCUUGAACCAGGGUACCCGAAACCACUAACCGAUCUGGGACUGCCGGACAGCAUCGAACGAAUCGAUGCGGCACUCGUGUGGAGCCACAACAAUCGCACCUAUCUUUACAGUGGCCGGCUCUAUUGGAGAUUCGACGAGGACACGAAUCGCGUAGAGCUGGAUUACCCGCGCGACAUGUCUAUGUGGAAGGGUAUCGGGUACAACAUCGAUUCCGCCUUCCAGUAUCGUGACGGCAAAACCUACUUCUUCAAGGGACUCGGCUUCUGGCGAUUCAACGACAUGCGGAUGAGUAUCGCGCACCAGUUCCAAAAGUCGUCCGCCACGGAAUGGAUGAAGUGCAAGCACGAGCGCCAGGUGCUUAACGACUUGGACGUGGACAACGAGACACCGCCCGAUGAGCCGACGGUAGUACACAAGUCCGCAAUCGGUACGAGCCGAGCAGCGACCAGUUGGAGGAGUGAUGCCGACAGCCGGACACAACUGCUGCUGGCGUGCACGCUGCUAACGAUGGUGCUGACAUUCUUCUCCAAACAGUACGCUUAA